GUUGCUCAGGUCUGCUAUGGGAGUAGCGGGAAAUUGGAACUAAGUCGAUGCCGGCGCAAUCGAUCAGCAAAAUAAACUCUCCAUGUUGAAGCAGUAACAUCAUGACGUGAACGAAUGUAAGUGGCUCUGAAACAGCAGCAUUCUGAUUAAAACUACGACAGAAAGAAGAAGUUAAUGUGAAGCCGACGUUGGUGAACGUUAAUGUUUUACUCGGUUAUUUCAGCGAAUCUUACCUACGUUUUUCUAAGUCGAGUCCAGCGAUGUAGGGCUGAGUGAGUCCGUGGGAACGAUGGAGAGAGACGUGGAGGAGCAGCUGAAGACCACACUGAUGUACGACGAUAAGGAAAAGCUCCGUAGGAAGUUGGAAAUCUUACAAAGAGAAUAUGUCAGGACAGCUGAAAAACUCAAGCGUGCUGAGCGUUUGGAAGCAGUGCGUCACCAUGUGAAGAACAGGAUCAUUCAGCAGAACCAUCAGGGGCAGAGUGACAAGGACGUGACGUCCAAGCUGCAAAUCAGUCAGUCACCACUGAAGCUGAACCCUGGAAGUGCAGCAGCAGACAAUGGUUCCUGGGACAAUGAUAACACCAGGGGGCGCCAUGUUAUCAGGAUUCUGCUCCCCUCUGAUUCUUCUUGCCAACAGUCUCCAGAUCCUUGUCAUGAUGGUGAAGGAGGCCAGAGAUUUAGUCCUGCUCUGCGCCUCAGGUCCCGGCGCAGUCGUCUACGCUUGGAAAGGAGAAGUACUGAGGCGUCCGUGAAUCCAGACAACCACGAGGAAGCAGAGGAGAAGGGGAAAGAGAUGGAGAGUUUUAAAAUAGAGAAAGAAGUGGAAGAAAUCCAAAGAGCCACGGUGGAAGUCAAGUAUGAAGAAGAAGAAGGGACUGUGAAUGAAACUGAAGACCUGUUCUCUGGCUCCACCUCUCUGACACAUUCACACUGGGAAACCCAUCCAUACACUGCAAAUAUUGGAGACAAGGAAGAGGAGGAGAAGACGCCUUUAGAAUCCUCAGCUUUGCCGGUCAAAUUUGGGAAUCUUACUGAAGACACAGAGCAAACGAGUCGGGUUUGCACUUUAAAAAGAAAAAGAAAGCAGGAAGAGGAAAGAAACGAUGUUGAAAUGAAUAAAUGUCAUGGGCCGCCAGUGUCUUCUGCAGAGAAUCGUAACAAUAAUGCUGAACAGAAUGCCACAGUUAAAAAGGAAAAUAAAAGCUAUAAUGAGAACAAUGUGGUAGUGAAGAAAAGACAGAGUGUUGGUUUGUUAGACUCGUGUACACUAGUGGAGGGGUUAAUUUUUCCUGCAGAGUACUAUGUUCGAACUACAAGACGUAUGACCAUGUCACAGAGUCAGCCUGACAUGCAGGCUGUCAUACUGUCACAGCUCAACAUGGGAAGGCAUCGCAGGAGCCGUGGUCGUGGCAGAGGAGCAAACACCAGACGGUGGCAGAGUGAUGUGUGUUCAGGUCAGACCGCAUCCUCCCCGCUGACCACUUCAUCUGGUCACGAACCAUCAAAUAACAGUCUGGUUGAUGGAGCAGCAGAAGUCACUGUUGACCAUCAGAGCUCCAGUCACAUCACUGAGCGGAACCAGUCGUCCCCUGGGACCUGCACUCCUGCUGCGAGAAGAGGCGGGAGGAGAAAAGGGACCAGGGCUAGAAGAAGACGUCAGACUCCAGUGUCCGGUCGAGACGAACAGCCCACCCCCCCGCUCUCCUCUUCACCGUGUCCUCCUGAUCCUGUGACAGAUGCUGGUCAGACUGUGCUCCACCUCAGCACACCUACCCAGCAUGCACCUGCAGUCACUGGAGACCAGAGCGGCCCAGCAUCUGGACAACAACAGAAUGUGUAUCCCAUGUUUGUGAGGAGGAGUAACAGGGAAAAGUCACAGAUGAGUCAAAGUCCAUCCAGCUGCCAGUCUCUCCUCCUGCCUUCUUCUCCUCCUGCUCAAACUCCAGUUCUCCCACUCCCCUCGCUGACCUCCAUCUCAGUGCUGAAAACCCUGGUGUCUCUGGAGACCCACCAGGACUUUCAUCUCCCAGAUGACCAGUUUGCAUCUCUGAAGCUGCAGAAGCUACAACAAGUGGUCACAGAAGCAGGAGUGGAACAUUUCUCAUCACCUUUCUGUAAAACACGCAGUAGCGUCAGCCGUGGUCUCCCCCCCUGCAGCAGCAAUGACACUGACCUGUCGCUCCCUCUCACACUCAGCCUCACACCCACAGUUGCAAAAUCACAAAACCGAGCUCCGAUGAACGGAAAAAGCUUGAAUAAACAGUCAAAGCGGUCUUUGAGCGAAGAGCCACUCAGCAGCCGAGAUCAGUGUGAAAAUGUCAAAUCACAGCCUGGGUCAGUGGCUGUGUCAGUGAUUCAGCCAUCUGCUGCAACAGAGCAAACCACUGACACCAACCCUGAGACUCAACCCUCGGAGCGUUCAGCAGAGAGCCCUAGAGGUGAAGUGAAUGACCAGGUGACUGGUCAGUCUACAGACUAUGGAGUAGAACAGUCAGCAUUAGAGAGAGAUCACAGACCUUCAAAUGAGGAAAGAGAGAGUGGCGCUGUCAUCAAACAUCUUUCUUUUGAUUGGCCACUGCAGGAGACACCUGUUAUUGGCUGCUCUGCUGCGAGGUCAUGUGACGUCAGUGAAGCUGCAGGAGUGAUGUCACUGGUCCAAGACUUAAAGACAGAUGAGAAGUGUUUACCACGCCAUGAUGUCACCUCUCAGCCCUCAGCCCUCACCGCCCCCUCCCCCUUCACAACCCCACACCUGACCUCCCCAGCACCACCUUCUGUUGGACUCACACCUCACCCUGUGUCUCCAGGACUCCCACCGACUCCUUCUCCCUCUGCUCCAGUUCUCAAUUUGGCUCCGUCUCCCCCCUCUCCAACCGCCUUCACCCCUUCUCCCCCAUCUCUCUCUCCCUGUCCGUCCUUUACGUGCUUCCCCUCCAGGGAUUCUCCCGUCGUUCCGAUCGAGGCCCCCCUAGAACCAAAGCCUUCAGAUACUCAGUGUCUGAGUGCAGAGCCACAGGAGAAGAGCAGCACAGAAACACUAAAGACCCCAGCAGGAGGCCGUCUGGUCGACGCCUGCUGCCUGUCUGGACCCUCAGGGCGCUUGUAUGUAGCAGCAGCAGGGAAGUGGGCCGCGUGCUUGUGGAGUCGGACGGAAACAUCCGACUGGACCCUAAUUCACACCUGGACCUUCAGACACCCUGUGAUCAACGUGUUUCCUGUCCCUGAUGCUGCGGGCCUGAUGUUCGUCACUUUGGGUCAGCUGGAAAUCAGAGAAGUCCGGACGCUGUCGUGCACCAGCUUCAUGCAGAUGCUGUUAUGUGAAGGUGUAGUUCAGGCUGCUGUGGGGGUCUAUAAAUCCAGAGUGGUAACAUCCUCCCACUCCUCGGCCGGCUCCACCCUGCAGGUGUUUGACCAAUCAGACCACAGCAGAAAACCAAAUGCUCACAGUCUUGUGUCUCCUGGGGUGCGUGUCGGGGCCCUGGCCCCGGUGGAGGGGCUUUCUGACGCUCUGAUUGGCUCAGAUGAGACGGCACGUGUCUUCAUUUGGCACCUGGAGACCGGUCAGCUGCUGCGGACGCUCGUCCUCCCUGAUGCUUUGAUGCCUUCAGUCUGUCUGAGAGGAUUCUCCUACAGAGGAGUGUUGUUUGUCCUGCUGCAGCAUCAACAACUGGUCACCGUGGAAGAGGAGAGAGAGAAAAGAGCCUUCUUCUCCGUGGUCGCCGUCAAUCCUCUGAACAGAACAUCUAUGGUGCUGACUCAGCUGUAUCCACCCACGGUCUGGUCAGGCAGACUGUGCGAGGCCGACGUCAACAGCUCCAGCGUGGUCGGCCUGAGUCAGAAUGGCUGCGUGUGUGUGUGGGAACUCCAACGUCACCGUGCCUCCAGAAUGGUGUGGGCUCCAGAGAAGGAGGGCUGGCAGCUGGCUCGCUGGGGGGGAGGAGGAGGAGACACCCUGCUGACCGCUCAUCACAGCGGAGAUGUGACGUUACACUACUUCAGUCAAAUAUAGACUUCAGUCCUGAGGAAACCUUUACACAUUUAGUGGUAGUUUCAUUUUUAUCCACCGUGAACUCCUGUAGAUUAUAUUAGAAUAUUCCUGAAAGAUGAGUCCAGCUACAGCCUGCUGUUACCAACACUGGACGUGUUUUAAAACCACUGGAGCGUCAUUAAAAAAAACAACGAUUUUAUUGUUCACAUGUCGUUAUAUUUAAAGAAGAGAAAUAUCCUGUUUCCAUUGUUUUUAUCUCAUUCCCAUUAAACUUCAAACGUCAAUAUUGUGUUCAAUCUGUGAAUUUAAAACCAAACAUUCUUCUAUUUUAAUCAGAAAGUGAACUAAAUUACACUGAAAAAUGUACAGGCUAUUUUAAAGCACCAAAUAUAAUGCUAAGCUAAGUAUCAACGACACGUCGUACACCAGUCCUGCUGAUGAAAACUGACUGACUGUGGCAUUUCCUACUGCUAAUACUGAGGAGUUUUCAAUUUUCAGGAAAUGGAUCUUCAAACUGUUGGAGAGAGAGCAGUGAUGUCAUCAACACUGCUGUUUUGAUCAAACUGGAAAAUAAUUUACAUAUAACAAACAUUUCUAUGAUAAUGUCUUUGUUCUUUUAAACAUCUAAAAUGUAAAACUGUCAAAUUAACCAACACAUUUAAUGACCACCUGCAGAACAACAGACGACCACCUGCGGAACAACAGACGACCACCUGCGGAACAACAGACGACCACCUGCAGAACAUCAACAGACGACCACCUGCGGAACAAACAGACGACCACCUGCGGAACAUCAGCUGGUUUUAAAACAAACUGCAGCACCACUGGUCAUCUGAAGAAAGGCCGUCAACCAAUGGACGAAGACGGAGAAAUAUUGUCAUCUUCCAAAGUCUUUAUUUAAAUUUGGUAGAAAGUUAUCAUCUUUACAACAGGUACACGUAUUAUGGAGUAUGUACAAGUUUGGGACAGGGAUCUGACAGAAACAUUUAAAAGAGGACAUCUUAAAAGGAGACGUGUACAUGAUGAAGACGUGACGUGGUCCGUUUCUCUAUGUACAGCCCAGAUAAAACAACAGUCUUCUGUGCUCAUUUCACCCACGACACCUGAACACAACACCGGAUGUCCAGAAAGAGUCAACGUCUGCAGCACCUGCAGCAGUGACCCAGAAGGAGGCGCUGCAGCUGAGGAGUUAAGAAGAGGAUGACGAUCACCGGACUAAAAUACAACAGACGACCAAGAGUCAAGUCACAGCCUCCCACUGCCACAGUAAUAAAAGACGAGUCGAGAUGAUCUUUUCACCAGGAGACAGAGCAGGAGCCAGUGAUUAAAGACAGAAAUGAUACAAGAGGUGAAGGUGGAGAUGGAGGUGGGGGGUUUGACUACUGCACGGUGGCCGAGGAUUUGCUGUCCAACAGUUUCUCCACCAUCAGUUUGGCGUAGCGCAUGCGGCUAGCCAACUCCUUACUGCAGCCAAACUCCUCCAGCAGAGACAGCUUGUAGGUGCGGAAGACCUUCUUCUCGUCGAUGUAGGUCACGGCCCCCAUCAGGGGACACAGGAUCAGCUUGGUGUGGUCCUG